GCUGGGAGGUGAGUCAGUCACCUUGAGCAGGGAGUGUGCUGUGGGCCGAGCAGGGGCUGCAGGGGAGUGGGAGUGCAGAUUGAAAAAUGCAGACCACCAAGGCACUGCUCAUUUCUCCAGUUCUGAUUCGCUCCUGUACCAGGGGUCUAAUCAGGCCUGUGUCUGCCUCCCUCCUGAGCAGACCAGAGGCCCCAUCUAAACAGCCUUCCUGCAGCAGCUCCCCUCUCCAGGUGGCCCGACGGGAAUUCCAGACCAGUGUCAUUUCCCGGGACAUCGACACAGCAGCCAAGUUCAUUGGUGCUGGGGCCGCCACAGUUGGUGUGGCUGGAUCAGGGGCUGGCAUUGGCACAGUGUUUGGUAGCUUGAUUAUUGGCUAUGCCAGGAACCCGUCUCUCAAGCAGCAGCUCUUCUCCUAUGCCAUUCUGGGGUUUGCCCUGUCUGAGGCCAUGGGACUCUUCUGUUUGAUGGUCGCCUUCCUCAUCCUCUUCGCCAUGUGAGGCUCCCUGGGGUCACCCAGCCGUCCCUGCUGCUUUGACUCUAUGCCAGUCCUGGUGCUGGAGUCUACUGAGCUUUACCAUUAAACAGCAACAACAACAACAACGUUUCUCUAAACCA